AAUGCACUUACUGUUGUUAGCCAGCCACUCUAAAGCUCAAGAAGAACACUUUUUUCCACUUGUCUAGUUAAGUAAACGUUUCAAGGGCGGGAUCAAACCGUUUAGGUGUUAAUUUCCAAUAGAUUUUUUUUUCCUUCAGCAAUUAUACUUUGAUAUACUAUAAUCUAAUGGAUAGUGAAAGCGUGAGGACUGACCCCCAGCUUCAGCAGUUCAUUGAAAUUGAAUCUCAGAAGCAAAGGUUUCAGCAGCUGGUCCACCAAAUGACAGAAGUCUGUUGGGAGAAGUGCAUGGACAAGCCUGGUCCAAAGCUUGACUCAAGGACAGAAGUGUGUUUUAUUAAUUGUGUUGAACGUUUCAUUGACACAAGCCAGUUUGUCCUCAACAGACUUGAACAAACUCAGAAGACAAGAGACUCCUUCUCAGAGAACAUAACAGACUAGCUAUCUGAGACCAGAACAGAUGUUAUCUGCGAAGAAACAGCUAUUAAACAGUUAAAGAAAAAAAAAAA